UUUUGCCUAGCCUCAGUAGCAAUACUACUUUCUGACAAGGCAGGUACUCCUGAAGCAAUGUCUGGGGUAGGAGGAUGGAGGGAAGGCAGCACAUAUAGAACAGCUGCUGCCUCCAGUACCCCAUUUUCCUCUCAAGGUUACCUCAGGAAUGGCAGCAAUAAAACAGAGGAAGCUGAAAACCCUCAGAAGCUGACAAAACUUGAAGAGGAGCAAGGCAGCGAGGCAUUGGUCUACCAACAACAGCAAGAGCAGUAUGUCAGCCCAUAUGUCGUGAUAACUCCAAACAAGACCAGAAGAAACCAGUUGCAGCAAAUUGCUAAGAAAGAGAUAGAUGACCUGGAGCAGUGGAAGGAAGAGCACAGGCCAGGGCCAAUUAAGUUGAUUCCACAGAGACUGGGUGGAAAGAAAUCAGAGACUCAAGCAAGGCAAAACCAGCAAAUGAUGCUCCUGCAAUCUAAAUACCAGCAAAAGCACAAGAGAGAAGAAUAUGUAAAAGCAAAAAAGGCAUCCGAAGAAGCUGAAAUUCUGAAAAAGAAAGCAAUUCAGAGAGAAAAGGCAGAGAGACUUGAAGUCAAAAAAAGACAGCAAGAAAUGCAAAGAAGAGAGAUGCUCUUUGAAGAUCAAUAUUACAAAACCAAUGAAUUAUUGAACAGAUUGGACUUGGGUUUGCCAAAGAGCGAUUCCUGUCAGAUUGCUAAUUGUGGCCCAGAAUCUACAGCAUGGACUAGGAGCCAUACUUAUAAGCAAGCUCUUCGAGAGGAUGAAAACAGAAGAUUAGAGGAAAUGAAGCAAGAACAACGGAGGAAGGCUGAAUUAAUGGAAAUUAAACAAAAGCAGGAAGAGGAAGCCAGGACAAGAGCACAUCAAAAUGAACAGAGGAGAGUAAAUAACGCUUUCCUGGACCGACUCCAGAAGAAAACACAACAUAAUAGCAUCUGCCAACCUGGAUGUUCUGGACUACCUCAGUAAUAGCACCUGGGGUAUUGGAAAAAUAUUCACUUUUUUCUGGCCAAAUGACCUUGUAAAAGCUCCAGGAAAGCACUCUUUCAUCGUCGUGAUUUUUUUUCUUACCCUGACUUCAGCUUCACACCCACUUCAUGAGUAAUCUGCAGAGACUGGUUUCUAGCUGUCAUUAUUCACGCAUAUUUGAAGCUGCUGAUUAUGAAAGUCCUAUUUAAUUUUUAAUAAGAGAAUGUGUCAUUUUUUCACAAAUUGUUUUGCUUCUUGUAGAAUGUAAUUAUCCCAGUCUUCAGGAUCUCAGAAAAGGAAGACAUUAGUGACUGCAGAAGCAGCUGCUGUGGUAUCUAUGUUUACUUACUGCUCUCUAUCCAGCCAAAAACAUCUCAGAGAAUUGAAAUAAAGGAAGUAGAGAGUUGAGUUUGUUUUUGGUGUGGGAGGUAAAAGCAUCGCUGGUUUCAAGUUUUCUUGUUUUGUUUGGGUGGGGAUUUUGUGGAAUUGUUUUACUGUGGUAUUCCAUAGCAGGCACUCAAGAAGAACAGAUGAGUGUAUUGUGGACAGAAUCUUUUAAACAAGUUCUUAGAAAAGAAAUAAAACUU